AUGGAGAACAAACCAGAGAUUUUUGCCGCUCGCGUGCCACCCCAGCUACCCUACUCCCUCAGAGACCACAAAAAGUCGAUCGCCUUCUUCUGGACUUUCUUCGUGAUUGAUACCCUGGCUCAGCCAUUGAUUCUUUACUUUGCCUUAUGGUACCACACGGAUCUAUCUCACAAUCUAGACCCUGUUACUGAUCAAACGCCACCUGGAGCAGUGUUUACUAUCAGCACCGCCGCCCUUGGAGGUGUUUCGAUUGUUGAGUAUCUUUAUCGUUUCUGGGCCUUAUAUAAGAAAGAUUCGGUUGUGAGGCCUCUCAAUGCCAGGAGAUCAUGGCUCGACUUUUUCCAUAUCAAUUUUACCAUGGUAUGGCUUAUUUUAGCCAUUGAAUUAAUCGUGGGUACCGUACAAGAAGAACCGUUUAUUCGCCUUCUAGCCAUGCCUCUCCCAACGGUGAUGUACUACUUUGGUAUCGUUCACCUCACCCUUGACUUUCUACGAGCUAGAGGCUACCAAGCGCCGUUCCGCAUAUCUUCAACUCCAAAAGGCCAUGUAAUGCCAACUGCCCUAUACGUCCUGGUUGAAGACAUAGUUGCUGUCGAUGGUGGAGGUGGCCAGAAAUACCGACGAGCACUUCGCGAUCGAUAUCUUGCUAGCCCGUAUUUUCGCCAAAUGUUGUUCGAGAUGAACUGUUUUUGGGGUGGUGGGUCCAUCAUCUGGGCCUCCAUCACUACAAGCCUGAUAUUUACUACCCCCAGAGAUGUUGCAUAUAUUCUCGGCUGGUCUCUGCCUUUUGUUUGGGCCGGCCUAUGGGUCAUUAUCACCAUUCCCUGGGUACAAGCCGAUCUCCGCCGUGAGAAGGCCGCCUGGUCUAGAGGUAGUAUGCAAGGAGGUGAACCAUUCACUGACGACAUCCGCGCACCAACCCCACAUACCCAUUUUGUGUCCACGUCAGGAAGACUGAUGUCGAUGAUUCCCUUCCAUAAACCUAACGCAAACCUUCACGAUAUUGAAAGCGGCUACAGCCAGGAACCGGAGAGUAACAAUGACACCAGCACCUACGGAACUAGGUCCGAAGUUGCUCGUGGCGGCGGAAUGAGAUGA